CCGGGAGACUCACUCUGCGGAUUCUUUCUCUGGCAGCCGCUUUGCUUUAGUUUAGGCAGCGGGUGCAUGGCCUGCACGUCUCGGGCGCGCGGUUCUCUCUCUAAGUGCAGCGGCAGCGGCUGUGCUCCCGGCCGGCGGCCGCCCCGCGGGCCCCGCACCGCCACCCCGGCCUCACCGCCCCUCCCCCGCAGGAUGGCCCUGUGCGGCGGCGCCCGGCUGGCCCUGCUGGUCUACGGGCUCCUGAUGCACGGCGCCCACGGCUCACCUGCCGCCGGCCUCCGCUUCCCCGGGAUCAGGCCGGAGGACGAGGCGUACGAGGACGACGGAUACGCGCUGCUGGACUCGGACCCCGACCCGCCCGGCGAGGGGAGCCCCGCCUCCGCCUCCGGGCUGCGCCACCUCGCCGGCCCGCCCGGAGGUGCGGCCCUCGGGACGCUGGACCAGGCCUACCGCAGGCUGCUGGGCCGAUUGUCCGCCACGCAGCACCUGCAGACACUCGCGGCGCAGGGCGCGGGGGGGAGCCUGGGCAUCACUGAGGAAGACUGCGAGCCUCUCUCCAAGCGCCACUCAGAUGGCAUCUUCACCGACAGCUACAGCCGCUACCGGAAACAAAUGGCUGUCAAGAAAUACUUGGAGGCUGUGCUGGGGAAAAGGUACAAGCAGAGGGCCAGAAACAAAGGGCGGCGGAUAGCAUAUUUGUAGCAAAGGGCCGGCCCCCAGCUGCCUGCCCAGCCUGAGCGCUGCAAGUGGCCCUCCGCCGACUCCACCACACUCAUCGCUCAUGCCUCCACCCCACGUGUAUCUAUGACGUGAAGCCAUUAAAUGGAUAUUUUGAUAACAUUUGUUUUUCUUUUUACAAAGCACUAGAGAAUGCACAGAUAUACUUUGUGGACCAAUUAUUGAUAUAUAUAUAUAUACAUAUUAUAAAUAUAUAUUAAGAUAUAUGAGUAUAACAGAGCAGUUCAUAUACAAAGUGUGACAAAGGUUGAAAAUUCACUUGAGUUGUUUAUGUUUUUAUAUAAAAUAAAUAGAGAAAUAGACAAUCA